AAUGACGCCUUCAACCAAACUUUUGAUUAUUUCAAUUUUUAUUUUAUUUAUUUCAUUUCAAUUAAUUUAUUGCUGCGGCACAUAUGGCCAGCCCUGCGAUAAAGGUUGCUGCCCAAAUUUAAGAUGUUCUGACGCUUAUGAUGUUGAUGGGAAUGUUGUGGGGCGAGCUUGUUUUGAUGUGCUUGGUUAAAUUGAAAAAAAAUUUUUCUUUCUAUUUUCCUCUAUUUUUGAAAAUUUUGGUUACUUUCUUUCUUUUUUCUAAUUUAAAUUUAAAUUGAAUUGUG